UGCGGCGGGCCAAGCCGGGGUUCUUGCGCCGAGAUGCUUCAAAGCCUUAUUAAAAAUGUUUGGAUCCCCAUGAAGCCCUACUAUACCCAGGUUUACCAGGAGAUUUGGUUAGGAAUGGGGUUGAUGACUGUCAUCAUUUAUAAAAUCAGGAGUGCUGAUAAAAGAAGUAAAGCUUUGAAAGCUUCCAGUCCUGAGCCUGCUCAUGGCCAUCAUUGACCGGCUGUACUUGGAGCACAUGUCCCAUGGAGCAUCAGUCUGUAAAUCUCAGCGCGCUGUUAGAUGGGAA